GAAUACAUUCAUGUAUAUUGUAUAGAGAAUGUUUUCUAAAGGAUCAUAUGAUGGAUUUUUUAUUGGAGAUGGCGAACAAAGGACUAGCAAUUGGAAACUGGGUGCCAAAAUAGCUCCAGGUAAAUACAGGUACGUCUACCACGUUAACGACUUAAACAACAGACAGACCAGAGAAAUUGCUGUCAAACAAGCCAUUAUAUCUGAUGACGUGAACACAGACUCUUUGAAAGAAAUUGAUAAGGAAAUGGAAGCACUUAAGAGAGUAAAGCACAAAAGAAUCGUCACUUAUUACGGCUACAGCAGAACUGAAAGAGUUUUCUCUCUGUUUAUUGCUUACAUGGAAAUGGGUUCCCUAUCAAAAUAUACGUCUGCCCAGACAAACGGACACCUGACCGAAGAACAAACUGCAAAGUUCACGUACCAGAUACUUGAGGGUCUUCAUUAUCUUCAUUCUAACAAAAUCAUUCAUAGGAAUAUUAAAGGUUCAAACAUUCUCUUGAAGGAUGAAAACAAUAUAAAAAUCUCAGACUUUGGUGUAGCUAAAAUCCUCAACACACUGUCACGUGCAAGCACGCAAGGAAAGGGAACUGUCAGUUGGAUGGCGCCUGAAAUGUUCCAGGAAGUCUCACAUGACUACAAAGUUGAUAUUUGGAGUUUAGGUUGUACAGUUUUUCAAAUGAUAACUGGAAAGAUUCCUUUUAGUGAGAUGAGUGUAAAAACUGUUAUUAUAAAGGGAUCUAAUAAUCAGCUAGAGUUAUCUAUUGCUGAAAACUGUUCCUUAACUCUACAAGACUUUCUGAGACAAGCAUGUGAAAAAGAUCCAUGCAAAAGAGCAAGUGCAAGUUCAUUAAUGGAACACAGUUUUCUUAAAGAGUAUUUUAAUAAACCGACCAUUGAAAUCAUUGAAGAAGAUGAAGAAAGUGUGAUAAGCAAGUAUAAUUUUGGAACAGAUAAUACUGAUGGCAAUUAUUCUGGCAUUUCAAAGACAAAUUCAGGAUUAGCAUCUGUUGAGGAUGUUAAAAACAAUGUAACAAAUAUAAAUUACAAACUCAAGAUCCAAUCUGUUUAUCCACAAUUACUGGACCAGUUGGACUCAGAAGUACUCACUCCCUAUUUUAUUCAGCACAACUUGCUCAAUUUAGAUGAAAUAGAAGAAAUAACAUGUUUACCAACAAGAAAGAAGAAGGCAGAAAAAUUAUUAUUCACAAUUUUAAAAAAGGACAAACCAAAAUUGUAUGAAAUAUUUUUAAUGGCCCUGAGUAAAACUGGAUAUGAACACAUUGUCAAACUAAUUUUGGAAGCUGAUGUUGUUGCCAAUGAUGCUGAGCAUACACAAUUAUAUGCAUGGAUUGAGCAGUUACCUCAAGAGUUGUCACACAAGAGACCAGACGAGGCUGAAACAAGCAGACUAGGGACUGCAAUAGGCAACAACUGGCAGGGUCUGAUGCUUGUGUUGGGGUUUAACACAGUGGAGAUAGAAACUACCACAGAGAGCUGUAAGGACAUCUUACGUACAAAGUGUGAACUGAUCUUAAGAUGGCGGCAGAGAAAGCAGAGCUCAGCUACUUACUGCAACUUUUUAGCUGCACUUGUGAAAGCGGAAGAGGAACACUCUACAACUAUUGAUUGGGAAAGAGUUAAAAAAUUUGUUUGUGAAAAAUAGUUUUUAUCAAUUUUUAGCAUAUAGUAUAAAUGAUAUAGUAUAAUUGAUUAAAACAUCAUAUUAUAUAUAGACCUACUGUUGACUAUUGGGUAUGUAUAAAUGCAAGCAUUCUUUUUAUUUUUAUGUAUUUUUCUGAAAUGUGUAUAUACAUUAAACUUUAAUUUAUUUUUAUAAUAUCUAAAAUUACCAUUUCCCCCGGUUUUUUGCAUUACUUAUGUAAUUUUCUUAUGUUAAGAGCUUAU